UGCAUAUGGAAAAAUAGUUCACCUCAAUUAUGUGUGGUGGUUUGAUGUAAUAGCGACGUUGAAAUGCGUUCAGCCUGGAACGUAUGAUGUUAUCUGGAGAUUAAAGGUUGAUGAAAGAAACUUUGGCUUGGAUGGGUUAGAUUUUAAGACACAAGUUCUAGUCAAUAGCUACGAGGAAUUAGAUACUCCUGAAACGGUUGUUCAUGAAAAAAACCACGUGGCGGAUUCUAGUUUAUUUAGAAACAUUAAAUCAAAAGGAACCUGGGCCGAGUAUUGCUUACCAUACCAAAUUGAUGUACCUAAAGAAAAGGUUGUUAAUGGAGAAUACGUUUGGUACGACGUUAGAUGUAUUAUAUACAAUCAUGAUGGAUCUCAGAAAAGCGGUGUGCAUAUCGAUUAUGUCAAAUUAUUGCACCAUAAAGAUGGUAGGGAAUACGAAAUCUUAGAGAAUAAUCUUGGUGAGGGGAGCGAUCAAAUUACACAGGAACUUCACGAUCAUGUUAAAAUUUGA